AUGACUCCUUCCAUCCUGAUCGUCGGCGCCACUGGCAACACCGGCCGAGCUGUCGCUCAGACGCUGCCAAAAUUGCUUCAGUCAAGCAGCACUUUGUCUAGGGCGCGCAUCAUUGCUCUCACUCGCUCUUCCAGCAGUCCAGUGGCACAGGAGCUUGCCAAACUACCCGGAGUCGAAGUGAUCCAGCAGAACUGGGUUGAGAUCACUGCCGACUGGCUCCGUGAACACCAAGUUACUAGAGCCUUCAUUGCAUCCCACAAUGAGCCUAACCAAUUUGCCGAGGAGUCAACCUUCCAUCUCAAUGCUCUCAACGCUGGCGUCAAGUAUGUCGUGCGGAUCUCAACUACAGCCGCGAAUGUGCGUCCGGAUUGCCCUGCCUACUAUGCACGACAGCACUGGGCCAUCGAGGCUCUCCUCAACUCACCCGAGUUCAACAACUUGCACUGGACGUCUCUUCAGCCAAAUGUCUUCUCGCCUCUUGUUAUGUCCCCUGCUGCGGAGUUGAUUAAACAGUACCGCAGGACCGGCAAGCAGGAGACCCUUCGUCUGAUCCUGUCAGAGGAUGCACCCGUCGGGAUCAUCGACCCUGACGAGAUUGGUGUCAUUGCAGCUCAUCUCUUGUCCCAGGAUGAUCCUUCCGUGCACAACAAGGCCAAAUACGUUCUGAACGGGCCCCAGGACGUAACUGGAAAGCAGAUUGUUGACAUGGUUGAGCAACACAUCGGUGUACCCGUCAAAGACGUUAGUUACAGAGACGUCUCUUUCAUCGACAAGCUGUAUGAGUACCAGUAUGCGGCAGCCAAGCAAUCGAGGAACGUCAUCUACUCAAUCAAGCGGGCCCCCGAGACAGCGUGGGAAGGGAAAUGCUCAACUUCUACAACCAGCGACGUGAUUCUGGAGCUUGCUGCUCCGAAACGGACACCUGCUGAUACCUUAAAAACUUUACUAGAGGAGUAA